UUUCAAAACACGACUAUUUGACUGUUCCUGCAGAUCUACACAUAGUUGUAAUGAAGUAUUAAAAACAUAAUUUAAAUAUUAUAUUCAAUAUUUAAUUUAACAUACCUGAUGAAAUAGAAGCAAUUUUUUUCCAAAAUAAUUUGUUUGAUUUUAAUAGAAACUCGCUUAAGAAUACAGUUUAUUUGCCAAAAACGAAAUAAUUAGCAAAAGGACAAAAAAAGCAACGGUACUUUGCUUUAAAAGUAGCGGUAGUAAUAUCCGUUAAAGAACAUUAAUGUUAGAGAGAAUGCUAUAGCCUCUAUGACAUUGCUACUUCUUCGCGUAUGACUGCUUUUUGCGUGGGCGGCCUCCAACACCGCUUAAUUAUGUUUCCUAUAUUUAGGGUAGAAUCUUUCUUUCUAUUUUUUUGUUAGUUUGUAAAAUAUAAUAGUUUGGUAUCACUGAUUAUGGCUGCUUUCGUAAACGCAAUAUGCAAAGCAUACAUGCAUUGCAUACUAUUCGUAAACGCCACUGCAAUAAUUUAGACAAAGUAUUGAAUUCAUAAAUGAAUGACAACCCUAUUUCAUGCGCAUGAGUUGUCAAAAUGUGCAUGACUUUUGUUUUACAUGCAUUGCAGUCAAAAGAAACGGCAAGAGUUGGAAUGGAUGGUUCGCCAAUGAAUGAUAAAAAGUGGACGCAUGAGCGUAAAAAAUUGCUCAUGUCAAUAAGACUUCGCCAUGAAAGUGACUUCACCGCCAAAAUAAAAAAACGCAGCACAAUUUGGCAAACAAUUCGACGGGAAAUUCAAGAAGUGGACAAUACGUUUUCCCCUUCAGUGGAUGAGAUAACGCGCUGCUUCACCAAUAUGUUGGUGAAGUAUAGAAGAAUAAAAAGAAGAAAUGGAACGUCCGGUGAGACUUUUUUGAUGAGAUGGAUGAUGUUUAUGGUACACGCAGCAGUAUAUCUGUACCUGAUAACAUGCUCGAUUAUUCUUUGGAUCAACUAACUUAUGAUUUAUCAUCAAAUGAUACUCCAUCGCCUUAACCUUCUGCACCAUCAUCAGAGUUCACCCAAGUAGUUGGAACUGCCCAAAAACGGAAGAGAAAUGAAAUCAUUGAGUUCUUGGUCUCAGAAUCGAAAAAACAAGCAAAAUUGUUAGAGGCACUGGUGGAGAGUGAGAAGGAAAAAGUAAACAUUGAAAAGGAAAAAGUGCAGGAACUAAGAUCCAUACGAAAUUUAUAUGAGAAAAUAUUAGAACGUAAUCUUAAUACCUAAUUUUUUAGUGACUUAAUUUAAGUUUUUUUUUUUAAAUAUGCAAUGAAUUUUUAA